GCUAACCUCAUCAUGGCAACAAACCAACCUCUCUAAGGAUUAAACUUAUCUUCCUCCAAAAGAUUUCAUCGUCCUUCUUCCUUAAUCUUUUCAUUCAUUUUCCACUAUCCUUUUUUUCUACAAUCUUUCCUUUUUGAUUUGAUUGGUUGUUGCUGCCGGCAGGAGAUCGAUGUGAGGAUUAUACCAACAGUUCUUUGUCUCGCUUUCUUUAUAUUAGGGUAGAUUUUUUUGGACGUUUGGUUUGGGCGUCGUGGUUGGUGGUGGGCAGCUGGUAUUUUGGAAGGGCUGAGUAUCUCUUCCUUGCCCCUCUCCCCAGGAGGAGGCUGGCAUCGGGGCGUCCUGAUGCCAGGGCCCGUCUAGAGAGGGUGGACGCGGGACGCUCCGACAUGCCCCACCCCCUUCACUCUGCUGGGCCCCCUGAUUGGCGGAGCCAGGGGAGGACCUCGCCCACAACCACACCAACCAGACCUGUUCUACUGUGUCUCCUGUGUGUCCUGUCUUCCCUGGUGGAUCUAACCAACACCUGCCCUCCGACCUGCCUCUGCAACGCCACCGACGUAGACUGCAGCGGGCGCGGCCUGCUCUCCAUGCCCGCCCUCACCCAGCUUCCCGUCACCACUCGCACCCUCCUGCUGCCCAACAACCACCUCUCCUCCCUGAGUCCAGGGUCCUUCGCUAACCUCACCUCCCUGGAUCGACUGGAUCUUUCCAACAACUAUCUGGAUAAUCUACCCCCUGCACUCUUCAAGGACCUGGGGAAUCUAUCUGAUCUGACCCUCCACAACAACAGUCUUAGGGCCUUGGAUAGGGAUCUCUUCCAGGGGCUGGUGGGGGUGAGGAAGUUAGAUGUCUCCCUCAACGGGCUGUCUGAGAUCCCCCUGGGUCUGCUGGAUGAGCUGCAGGGGCUGACGUGGCUCUCCCUGGCCGGGAACAGGCUACAUGCCCUGCAGAGAGCCGCCUUCGAGCCCCUGGCUAACCUUCAGUAUCUACAGCUAGGGGCUAACCCCUGGGAGUGUGACUGCAACCUGAGGGACUUCAAGCACUGGAUUGAGUGGCUGAUGUACAGAGGUGGUAAGGUAGACGGGGUGGAGUGUACCCUCCCUAAGGACCUGCGAGGGCGGGACAUCCGUGGCGUUCCAGUGGAGAUGUUCAACUACUGCCUCCAACUGGAGGACGAGAACGGGGGAGAAGGGGGGACGCGGAGCGGAGGAAAAGAAGGUUCAUCCCCACCCUGCAGCCGAACUACCGGCUCCGGGGGAACCGGCAGAGCACCCACCUCCGAAUCAGAGGUCCCCGCUGCGGGCGACCUGGUGCCCGUCCCGGACUGUGUGCGGCGGCGCUACCAGCCGGUGAGCGUGCGGAGGGCCAUCGGCACGGUGGUGAUAGCCGGGGUGGUGUGUGGUGUCGUGUGUAUCAUGAUGGUGGGGGCGGCGGCAUACGGAUGUAUCUAUGCCUCGCUCAUGGCCAAGUAUCAACGAGAGCUGAAGAAGAGGCAGCCGCUGAUGGGAGACGGGGAGGGUGACGCAGACCCUGAGGACAAGCAGAUCUCCUCUGUGGCGUAGAGGGCUCAGGGGUCGGAGGUCAGGGGUGAAAGGGCUGAAGGAGGAGAGGGGACGUCACACUCUGACACUCACUGCAUUCCUCCUCCCUCUCUUUUCAUCUCAUUGAAUGCUGUCCUACUGCACUGCUUGUAAGCAAUGUUUCUCCUCUCCUCUCCUGAAACUAACCAGCUCCUGCUACUGUCCUCUCUAUCUCUACCAAACGACAAUCACAAUCAGUCCUCUCCUCCAUCCUAAACCCUGUUCUCAUUCUGAGACGAGACAGACAUGUACACGUCAGACCACUAGACAACCACCUGAUAGGGUGAUCAACAAACUCUGAACCUUCAAUGACCCUUCUCUAUCCCUCGGCCCACAAACCCCACAGCCCCGCAGAACCAAGAACUGGGUCUGGUCUGGACUGGUCUGGUUUGGCAUAGCCUGGUCUGGUCUGGACUCCUGCACUUUAUCUCUCUCCCUGCCCCUCCAUCUCUCUCGCUCCUGUUGUUCUCUGAGAUGGGGGAUGGCCUGGUUCUCUCUGUCCUGUUGUUCUCUGAGAUGGGGGAUGGCCUGGUUCUCUCUGUCCUGUUGUUCUCUGAGAUGGGGGAUGGCCUGGUUCUCUCUGUUGUUCUCUGAGAUGGGGGAUGGCCUGGUUCUCUCUGUCCUGUUGCUCCUGUCGUUCUCUGAGAUGGGGGAUGGCCUGGUUCUCUCUGUUGUUCUCUGAGAUGGGGGAUGGCCUGGUUCUCUCUAUCCUGUUGCUGCUGUCGUUCUCUGAGAUGGGGGAUGGCCAGACGCUCAGAGGGAUAUUAAAAGAUGCUGCUAUUGUCUUUUAUCCCUCCCUGCCUUUCAUCCUUCUGUUCCCACCUUCUGGAGGAAACACACCCGCUGGAGGAAACACACCUUCUGGAGGAAACACACCUUCUGGAGGAAACAGACCCGCUGCGGGGACUUUCCUCCUCUCCUCCCUCUCUGUGUAUUCUCUCUAUGGAUGGACAUCAACCUCUCCUACUAACUAACAGGAUCUUCCCCCACCCCUGAAUUGGCUGGACAAACAAACCAUAUAUUAUUCUAUACUGCUAUAUGGUUUAGAUGAUUUAAUAUAGACGUGCAGUGACCCAACUCCUGGUUUUUGAUAUACAUUCAUUUGGUCCCGUAUCAGUUUUUAAUUUGUUUUUGUUGUUUUUGUUUUGUUUGGGUGAUAACUAAGAUAUCCUGUAACGUUUGUUUUUAGAGAUGGUUAGAUUUGCUCCGACAAAACCCAACAGGUAUACAGUCAGUCUUGCUAGCGAUGUUGGUAAUAAAAGGUAGCUACUACCUGAAUCCAGUUGUGUUGUUGUGUGUUAAAUGGGUACUAACCCACGUACUGUACAGUACUGCAGUUCUCUGUGAGGUGGAAUGAGAACCCGGAACACUACCCAGGAUUCCAUAGCAGCUUUGGAGGCGUGUCUUGAUAACAGAUCUUAAUAUGACGGUAGAUAAAAAGGCAGAUGAAAUGGGAAAGUAUGGGUGCGCCCCCAAAUGGCACCCUAUUCCCACUGUAGUGCACUACUUUUGGCUAGAGCCCUAUGGGCCCUGGUUAGAAGUAGUACGCUAUAUAGGGAAUGGGGUGCCAUUUGGGAGACAUAUUAUGAGUAAAGAGGGAAUAUUAAGAGUCUAUAGUUCAGAAUGAUAAAGUACUUUUCCAUAUGUCCUUGUUAUUUGCUACAUGAAUCUAUGUUUGUUUACUUUGUUUGUAAUAUUGCAUAAUUACUAAUUACCGGUAUGUGUUCUGUUGUUCAUUUAGAAUCAUAGCAAAACAUGUGAUCAUGUGACCUAGAGGGACAGGAAGUAGGAAGUAGAAUCUGUGUUGAUAGACCAAUCAUUGAUCAGGUUUGCUGUCGCUGUGGCAACAUGGAAAUGUUUGUGUGUGUGUGAUUCUCUGGUUAAGAGACUUUGUAAGAAAGUAUAUUUUAGUAUUAUAGGUGAUAAACCAAAUGAACAUUAAUAAUUUGGUUUGGGCCAUAGAGAUGUGGUAAAUCUUUUGGGUUUGGGCCAUAGAGAUGUGGUAAAUCUUUUGGGUUUGGGCCAUAGAGAUGUGGUAAAUCAUGUUGGUUUGGGCCAUAGAGAUGUGGUAAAUCAUGUGGGUUUGGGCCAUAGAGAUGUGGUAAAUCAUGUGGGUUUGGGCCAUAGAGAUGUGGUAAAUCAUGUGGGUUUGGGCCAUAGAGAUGUGGUAAAUCAUGUGGGUUUGGGCCAUAGAGAUGUGGUAAAUCUUUUGGACUUCGGCCAUAGAGAUGUACUAGAGAGUUCAUCUUCUACCUUGCAAUGGCCACUUCUGGGACAGCAAGUACAUGCUCUACAUUUACAUUUACAUUUUAGUCAUUUAGCAGACGCUCUUAUCCAGAGCGACUUACAGUUAGUGAGUGCAUACAUUAUUUAUGCAUUUUUCAUACUGGCCCCCUGUGGUUUGGGCUAAAACGCUAAUGUCGUACCACCCACUUACUACAGUUUGUGGCAUUGAUUGUUCCAGAUCCAUGCAACAUUAAAUACCAUAAUUAAUAAUAACAUAUAUCCUGUUUCGCUAUACAGCAUAUUCCCUUACACCUCUCUCUCUCUUCCUCCCUUUGUCUCGCGCUCAUUCUUUGGAAAGGUCUAGGUUGAUAUAAUACUGGCGCUAAAAGUAGGAAUGCAUAGGGACACUAUAUUUACAUACUCCCUGUCAAAAUUGUAAUUACCAAAGGACUAAAUCCACAGAAAGCUAAAUCCAACACGACAAUGUAUGCAGAUCUGGGUAGCAACAGUGCCACCCAGAGGUAGAAAGGAGCAUAACAUGGUGCACGAAAGGAACUGCUGUGUGUGAAUGAGGAAAUAUCAAAUCAUUCUUUGACCUUGAAAUAACGUGAGAAAUAGAGCAAUUUUAUGUGUGACGAUAUUUUUUUAAAUAUGUAUCAUUUACGUCUCAUCUUUCUUCAUCCUGAAUUAAACAUGAGAUUUGAUCAGGGUGCUUCAAAAACCUCAUUACUUUGAACGGUCUCUUCCAAUCCCUAAGACGUCUGUAUGUGCUGUCAGAGUUCCUAUGUGUCUGUCGUUAACUCAUUACAUAUCCUAAAGGAAUUCUAUAUAAUAUUACAUCUGUAUCAAGUAAUAUAAUACAAUGUCUAGACGUUUUCUGAACAGUGUCUUCUGAAUUUAAAAAAUGGUAUUCUUGAAAUAACCCGAAAGCAUAAGAGGGCUGAGUUGUUAUAAAAAACCCUAUCGUCUCUGUUUUUGUGUUGAUUGUGGUAAAUACUAUUAUAAUAUGAACUAACUAUACCGAAGAUAAGUAUUAUGGAUGAUGAAAUGACCAUGCUGUGUUCCUGUCAGUGCAGUCCAGAGUAUGAUACUGCUUCAUGGAUUCAUAUAGACUGUCGCAAUGAUGUCAUGAGAAUCAAGGCUGCGACGGACGUUUGUAGUGUACUAUAUAAGGAUCUGUUUGUGCUCUUGCCAACAUAACUUAUUGCUGUCAUUGUCAAGCCAAACGUGUUUUAGGAUGACAAUGAGUGACAGGUAGUUGGCAUGACGGCACCGACAGACUGGUACUCAGGCUAGCACGGCUUUGAUCUAGUGGUUAAUGAUCCUAUUAAUGUGAAUACAGGGCUGCGUCCCAAAUAGAAACAUAUUCCUUUAUAUAGUGCACUACUUUCGACCAGAGUUUGGGCACUACAUAGGGAUACAGGGUGCCAUUUUGGGACGCACACCAGGUCUGGGAUCAGUUGGUAUGGAUGAAGGACAAUGAUGUGGCUGCUGUUUAAAGUCAUGUUUAGAGAAAAGAAAAGAGAUAGAGAGAGAGAGAGAGAGACAUAGAGAGAGAGAGACAGAGAGAGAAAGAGAGAGAGAGCG